CCCUGAGCUCCCUGAUUGUGUGACGAAGCGAGCAUGAGCGGGAGCGAGCCAACCACAGCCCGCGUCAUCCGCACAGGAGGACACAAACCACGGGAGUGCGCAGUACUGGGGCUGUAUGAGAUGUUUCGGAUGCUCUCACUACUCUCACUUUUGCCUCUACGGUAGUUUGCUUUAAUUAUCUCUAAUUAGCUGAGCGCAGUGGAGGAAGAUGCCGGUGCGCAAAGGGACUCUCCAACCCUCUCCUCUCAGAAAAGGACCUGGAUUUGGAGCUCCAGAGGUUUUGCCUGCGUAGCGCAUCGUGGAAGUUGUUGCAUCUGCACGAUUCUCUGCUCUAACCCCGUCGGGUAAAUCCUCAUAGAUGGUAUUUCUGUGCGCAAUUUCAUGGCUUUGGUUCACUGAGGACCAUCCGAAGUGCAGACAUGGCAGUGUCAAAUAUGCUGUUCUCUGACGUAGAAAGUUUUCUGGACUCGCACCCCGACCUGUUCGAGGACUAUCUGAACAGGAAGGGCAACUACAGCAUGGUGGAGAAAUGGCUCAAGAACCACCAGGCGAGUAAGGGUCCGGCGGCCGCGGCGCCCGCCGCCGAGCCCCGGGAGGAGAAGGGCAACGCGUGCAAAGACAGCUGGGCGAGCAAGUGCGACGGUCUGCAGCGGAGAGCGUCUCAGAAGGAGCUGCGCAAAACUUUCGCCAGGUCUAAGGCCAUCAACGUGAACAGGACGUACGACGAGCAUGUGAACUCCAGGGCGCAGGAGCCGCUGACCAGCAUGAGGAGGAGAGCUUUGCUGAGGAAGGCGAGCUCCCUGCCUCCGACCACCGCGCACAUCCUGAGCGCGCUGCUGGAGUCCAGAGUCAACAUCCCCCAGUACCCAUCCACGGCCGUGGAUUUUAAGUAUUAUCUGAAAGAACACAGCGAAAGGGAGUUCUUCCUCGAACUCGUGAAAGACAUAUCCAACGACCUGGACCUGACCAGUCUCAGCUACAAAAUCCUGGUGUUUGUUUGUAUAAUGGUGGAUGCAGACCGGUGCUCCUUGUUUUUGGUGGAAGGAACUGGCAACAAGAAAACACUGGUGUCUAAAUUCUUUGACGUGCACGCGGGCACCACAGUUUUACCCUCGAUGAACUCGGACGAAGUUCAGGUGCCGUGGGGGAAAGGGAUCAUUGGUUACGUGGCUGAGCAUGGAGAGACUGUGAACAUCCCCGACGCCUAUCAGGAUCGCCGAUUCAGUGACGAAAUUGACAAGUUGACGGGCUACAAAACCAAGUCCCUCUUGUGCAUGCCUAUCCGCAACAGCGAUGGCGAGAUCAUUGGAGUUGCUCAGGCCAUCAACAAGACCUCAAGUGGGGAACUUUUCACUGAAGAUGAUGAGAAGGUUCUGCAGAUGUACCUCCCCUUCUGUGGUAUUGCAAUCUCCAAUGCUCAACUCUUCGCUGCCUCCAGAAAGGAGUACGACCGGAGUCGGGCACUCUUGGAAGUAGUCAAUGACUUGUUUGAGGAACAGACUGACCUGGAAAAGAUCGUCAGGAAGAUCAUGCACCGCGCCCAGACUCUGCUAAAGUGUGAGCGCUGCUCUGUCCAGCUGCUGGAAGACAUUGAGUCACCGGUGGUCAAGUUCACUAAGUCGUUCGAGCUACUGUCUCCAAAAUGCAGCGCAGAUGCUGAAACCAGUUUCAAAGACAGUAUGGAAAAAUCGUCCUACUCGGACUGGCUCAUCAACAACAGCAUUGCAGAGCUGGUUGCAUCAACAGGACUACCUGUGAACAUUAGCGACGCCUACCAGGAUCCUCGCUUCGAUGCUGAGGCAGACCAGUUCUCUGACUUUCACAUUCGCUCUGUGCUCUGCGUUCCCAUAUGGAACAGCAACCACCAAAUUAUUGGUGUCGCUCAAGUGCUGAACAGGCUGGACGGGAAACCAUUUGACGAUGCAGACCAGCGUCUCUUUGAGGCCUUUGUGAUAUUUUGUGGAUUGGGCAUCAACAACACGAUCAUGUAUGACCAGGUGAAGAAGUCUUGGGCCAAGCAGUCAGUGGCUUUAGAUGUUCUGUCUUACCAUGCCACUUGCUCCAAGACUGAAGUGGAUAAAUUUAAGGCUGCUAACAUUCCCCUGGUCUGCGAGCUGGGCAUUGAUAAGCUCUCCUUUGAUGAUUUCUCCCUGGAUGUCGACGCGAUGAUAACAGCUGCUCUGCGGAUGUUCAUCGAGCUGGGAACGGUGCAGAAGUUUAAGAUCGACUACGAGACACUGUGCAGAUGGCUGCUGACUGUCAGAAAAAACUACAGAAUGGUCCUCUACCACAACUGGAGACAUGCAUUCAACGUAUGCCAGUGCAUGUUUGCCAUGCUAACGACGGCGGGUUUCCAGGAGACGCUGACUGAGCUGGAGAUCUUUGCUCUUAUUGUGGGUUGUGUGUGCCACGACUUGGACCACAGGGGCACCAACAAUGCUUUUCAGGCCAAGACGGGUUCAGCCCUCUCUUUGCUUUAUGGGACCUCUGCUACGCUGGAGCACCACCACUUUAACCACGCUGUUAUGAUCCUGCAGAGCGAGGGUCACAACAUCUUCUCCAACCUCUCCUCCACGGAGUACAGUGACCUCAUGCAGCUGCUCAAACAGUCCAUCCUGGCCACAGACCUCACGCUUUACUUUGAGAAAAGAAAUACGUUCUUUGAAUUGGUCAGCAAAGGGGAGUACAACUGGAAUGUGAAGGCUCACAGAGACAUGUGCAGGUCUAUGAUGAUGACAGCCUGCGAUCUUGGAGCUGUCACGAAACCAUGGGAAAUAUCACGCAAGGUUGCAGAGUUGGUGACGAGUGAAUUCUUUGAGCAGGGAGACCGAGAACGACUGGAGCUAAAGCUCACGCCCUCUGCCAUCUUUGACCGUAACAGGAAGGAUGAGCUUCCAAGUCUGCAGCUGGAGUGGAUUGAUGGAAUCUGCUUUCCUCUGUACGAGACUCUUGUCAAGUUGAAUCCCAAACUUCAGCCGAUGGUUGAUAUGAUACGAGCAAACAGGGCCAAUUGGGAGGACCUGAACAAGAAGAGACAAAGUGGCCAGAGUGUUUCCGCCCAUGCCAGCCCCUACAAUGACGAUGCUACGGAAACCAAAGCCUGCCCAGCGGACAAAGCCGGCAGCACGCCCUGCUGCUGCGGCGACUCUGAAAGCACACCAUCCAAUACGGCCAGUUAGCUUCUGCUGAAGAGCUGAAACGUCCCUGGCCUUUUUUAUUCUCCAGAAUGCAGCCUGCAGCAGAGGCAGUGCAUGCAGAGGUUCUUGGGCUCUGCUCCUCUUCGCUUUUGCAACCAGAGAUGAGCUUUAACACUCGGGAGUGUGGCGCGAUCCCUUCGGAUUUUCUGCUGAAGGCUGACAUAGCCGCAUUUGGCCGGCUCAUCAGAGCGACUGAAGAUCAGAUGAUGACACCUUGUCAAGGAAGAGAGGAAAAUCAAACCACUGUGUUGCUCUGACUUUUUGGCAAAAGACACGAAGAGUGUUGUUUGUCUCUGUUGUGUUUUAUUUUUGCUCUUGGUAUCUCUCUCUGUUGCUCGCAUUUUGUCCGGAGGUUAAAGAAUCUUUUUUUUGUAAAUCUGUAAAUAAGCUGUUGAGUUGUUUGAAACUUAAUGCAUUGGAUUGGAUUGUGGUUGUAGAGCCUCUUCUGAAGGAUGAAGAGGUGUAGAAACAGUAGGACUUGUGGCUUGCAAUGCAAAUUGAAUUGUGUUCCCCCCCCUUCCUGUGCCUUGUUUCCAGAUCCUACUGAAAAAUGCAUGGCCUCUAUGUGAGGUUCUCACGUUAUGGAAAUUCUUGUUGAACCGUGCUGAAUUUCUGCCAUAAUUUGUAAAACCAACGAUUGCAGCUAUGUCUUGACCCCUUAGUUUGCUGCAAAGAAUUAUAAUAACCGACAAAUGGAAAUAUAUUUUGGCCCAGUUUUAUACAUACGGGGCCUCUCUUGUCACACAAAUAUACACAAUGUGCCUUGAGAAAGUUGCUCUCAUAUCACAUGGAUUUCUGCAGGGCAAAACUUCAGCUCUGAUGAUUCAGUACUGACAGCUGGAACACAAAAUGUCACAUUUUAUUUCAAAAGCCAUGGUUAGACAUUUUCAGGGUAUCUCUUUUAUUUAUUUAUUUAUUUUUUGCCUUUUGCACCAAUGAUAAAAACUCAUCCCACUGUUAUGAUUAUCUGGAAUAUAAAAGGCUGCAGUGAGCAACUAAAACUUAAAAUGUCAUAAAAUCACUUAACUUUGUCAAAAGGAAACAUAAUCAACUCCAUUCCUGCAGAAUUAUUCUUACUGAUCAAUUAAAACAAAACAGGCUUUUAAAAAAUUAUACCUCUGCAAAGAACAGCUCUAGUGGUCAUCUACUAUAGUCUUCCACUUAUUCAAGACUGCUGCUUGCAGUCUACAUACGGAAGAAAAAUCCAACGAAACUCUCCAGUGUAUUGGCAUUCCCAGGAAAGAAGGGAUAAGUAAUUGUUCUUGAUCUGCUCUUUUUAGGAGGGACUCUAGUAAACCUCAAAAAAGACCCUGGAAGCCAUUCGAUACGAUCUGUGACCAAUAGCUCUACUCUAAGGCUGAGCCUUACCUCUAUUCGUAGAAAGAUCAUUUUUAUUAGUUGUUUCUGGGAUCUCAUUCCUUCUGCCAUGAUUCAUCUUUCAUGGCAACAUGUGAGAGUCAUAAAAAAAAAAUACAGAUACAUCACAUGCUUUGCUGUUUUGGCUCUUUACCUCAACAAACCGGAGGAACACCCUCAACAUUGAUGAGACCCCAAAUCUCUCUGCCAAUCUUCUGCUCUGUGACGCCAUCAUUCAUUCACAAAGCAAGUAGCUACACAACUCCUCUGCUUGAGAGAGUGACUUACCCUUGAACUGGAGAACACAAUCCACCCUGGUCUGGUUAAAAACUUUGACCUCAGAGUAGCAAACUCUCGUCCAACUGCUCUCACCUUGCAGUGAGCUGCUCCAGCUUAUGAUAAAGAUCAUGGCCAAAAGAUGCCAACAGAACCAAACUGCCUCCUCCACAAGGAUUGGAGAUAAGGGGCAUACUCAACUUAGUGCCAAGGUUACAGACACAGCCCUUGGUUUGGCUAUGCAAUGACCAAAUAGGUGUUAUGACCCAUCUAGGGGGAACCAGAUCAUGGCAUGAAGGAUCCAUCUUCAGAUCCCAAGCAGCCAACACACACGAAGUUGAACAUUUUAUAAUGUUAUUUAUUUUAAAAAGAUGUAUUUUUGAUUAAGAUAUUACAAAUGGAGCAUGUGGCUUCAGAGUGAGCUAUAAUGCUGAAAACAACAAACAAAAGGAAACUAUCUGAAUAUUAAUCGAAACUUACCUAAUUGAAAGUAAAUAAACCAAAUGACAAAAACUUACCUCCCUAAUUAAGAAAAACAUGAGAAAACUAAGGAAACAUAAACAGCAGCUCACUCCUACAAACUCCAGGCCUUUACAUGGUGUUAACAGACAAACAGUGUGGCCGGUUGAGAUGAGCUGAGGAUGGAGGCAGAAAGUCCGCGUCUGCAGCGUUUAUAUCCAUCACCUCCGGGAGGCCACCAAUUGUACGUCUCCGUCGUCUUUCUAGGAACUAAUCAGAGACCGGCACCUGCACACUCAUAUUUGCACGUCGCCAGUUGUAACUAUAGGCUUUAAGAGCAUUCCAACAUCCCAUAUUCUGGCAGAUUUUCUUCAGGUAGAGAUCUGUUCUAUGGCCCGGAUGAAUCCUGAACCCGAGGUUCUACGAUCCGGUGAGAUUUCACAGUGAAAUCCCUCAUUAUCUGGAGCAUACUCUCCAGUUUCCUCUCAGAUUACAUACACCUGUAGCCAGAUAUUUUAAUUCACUAUGAAAAGAAACAUGAAAAUCCUUGUUUUUUUCACUGGCUGACAUUAAAUAAGAUCCUGUUUUAGGUCGGUUAGGAUUGCCACAAUCUCUUUAAUUUGCUAAAUGCCAGAAUAAUGAGAAAUAUGUUUUUUGGGUUUUUUUUUCUAAUAUUACUUUCUUCAAAUUCUGAAGUUUAUAUACAUUAAUAUAGCAAUGCCUUCACACAAUUUGGGAAUAACCACAUUAUUAUUUCUUGGGUCCAGGUUCCUGGACCC